CUAGUAGCCGGUGACUUGGAAAUCUCUGAUGAUUACUUGUGCUUUUGGUGGAGGACUAUUAACAGUAAUGAAAUAUUUCAAGAAAGAAAAAGAAGACAUGCUGGAGAAGGAGCGGACACGAGCUCUGGGAAAGCCAUUGUUAGGUGGGCCUUUCUCACUUAUUGAUCACGAGGGGCAGCCCAAGACUGAUCAUGACUAUCUGGGCCAGUGGUUGUUAAUGUAUUUUGGUUUUACACACUGCCCUGACAUUUGCCCAGAAGAGCUGGAAAAAAUGAUUCUAGCAGUGGAUGAAAUUGAUAGCAUCUCGUCGCUACCAAACGUUACUCCUCUUUUUAUCAGCAUUGAUCCAGAAAGAGACACUAAAGAAGCUAUUGCCAGAUAUGUUAAAGAGUUUUCACCCAAGUUGGUUGGAUUGACGGGUACCAAAGAACAGAUCGAUCUGGUAUCUCGAGCAUACCGUGUCUAUUACAGCCCUGGGCCAAAAGAUGAAGAUAAUGAUUAUAUAGUGGAUCACACCAUCAUAAUGUAUCUUGUUGGGCCAGAUGGGAGCUUUGUUGAUUAUUAUGGCCAAAACAAAAGGCAUGCUGAGAUUGCUGCUUCAAUUGCUGGGCACAUGAGACAGUAUAAGCGGAGCUAAGGGACAGGAAGUUUUUGACUACAAGGCAAGCAAGCAGAAGCAGAGCCAUGGCCUUGAACUUGCAGUCAAAUUUAUACCCACAGGUUAAGGCUUUAACCUGGACUAAAUAAGGAGCUUAUAUGGAAGCAACCUACGUGGAAGAAUGCUUUUCUUUGAAUGUGCCUUAAAUUUGCAGUUGUUGAAGACUGAGGGGCCAUAAUGAAGCAUUUCCUCUUAAGAGAUGAAUGCUUCUAAAUGUUGGUCACAGAAACCUUGGAAUCUUUCCCCACUCUUGUAGUGUGUAUAUUCUUGCCCACCUGAAUAGAGACCUGUGAAAGAGGCAAAUCCCACCUGAACUAAAGGCACUUCUUACAGGACCGGCCUUUUCUGGCAUCUGAGCAUUAUUGGCAAGUAAAACUAUGGCUUCAGCAUAACUUCCAAGGGGGCACUCCUUCAUAGCCAUAGGAACUGUCUUGUUGGCUUUUUGAAAGUGUGUGUCAUGUGACAGUAGAGAGCCAAGUAGCACGAUAAGGGUAAUUGAAUGUAAAGAAUAUUGAUCGUGUAUAUAGUGUGUUACAAAUUGCAUUCACUGUGCAGAUGAUUAAAUAAAGUGAGGGUAAUCUAGAACCUGUGCUGUCUUGAAAUCCCA